AUGAAAAAACUACUGCUUGCCUCUGGAAUUAUCAUGGCAAAAGCCCUUAGAAAGUUCCACAGACUUGGGCACCAUAGCUCGGGCCUGAUGAAUCUGAGGAAACAUCAUCUAGGACGAUCGAACCUGUCUUCUUCUUCCAACGUUAAAAAGGGAAAGAAGGAUGAAGAUGAUGAUAAGAAAGACGGAGACAAGAAAGACGGAGGCAAGAAAGGCGGAGAAGAAGAAAAGGGAAGUGGUGGAGGAAAGGAGGAGGAAAAGAAGAAGGGUAACAGUGGUAAUGAUAAAAAGAAGGGAAAAGACCAGGAAGGGAAUGAGGAUAAUAACAAUCAGCAGUCCACUGAUAACUCAAGCUCCCUCGUCAACAACUCCUCCAAGAGUUUCUGGAAGAAUGCUGGCAGUAAUGAGUCAGGGAAUGAAAAUGGAAGCAGUGUUAAGUCAUCUAAGCUUAAGAAGGAGCAUUCAUCUUCCCAGAAUUCCGAUGGAGAAGGAAAUACUAAAGGAAACUUCAAAGACAAAAAACUGGAAAAGAAGAAGGAAGAGGAGAAAAAGAAUAGUAACUCCAAUCGCAGCAGUUCUUGGAAGUCUAACAAGGAGGAUGGGACCGGCUCUGAAGAAGGCAGUUCUGAUCUUUCUAGUAAGAAGUCUAAACAGCAGCAACAAAAUACUUCUAAUCUCCUUGACUCCGAGCUGGUCGACAAUGAGGCAAGCGGAGACUUAUCAUCUAAUUAG